AUGGUGGAAACGCUGAGUGUCGCCGUCCUGGGGGCCCCCAAGGUGGGCAAGACUGCCAUCAUCCGCCAAUUCUUGUACCACGACUUUACGGAGAAAUACAGCCCCACAGAGGGCCGCUACACCUACCGGCCGUCGGUUAUGCUUAAUGGGAAUUCCUACGACCUGAAAAUCAUGGACGUCCCCUACCUAGCGGCUUUCCCUGCCAACAGUUCUCAGGAGUGGUUAGACCUCAAGAGUCGGGGCCUGCGAAACACCGAUGCCUACAUUCUGGUCUAUGACAUCUGCAGUCCUGAAAGCUUUGAAUAUGUGAAAAUGCUCCGUCAGCAGAUUCAGGACAACAGGACGAGCAACAUCAGCGAAGCCCCCAUCAUCGUGGUGGGGAACAAACGGGACCUGCAGCGGCAACGCUUCACCCCCCGUCGGACGCUCUCCAUGCUCGUGAAGAAGUCCUGGAAGUGCGGCUACCUGGAGUGCUCAGCCAAGUACAACUGGCACAUCGUCCUGCUCUUCAAAGAGCUUCUGUGCAGUGCUGUGGUCCACGGCUGCAGGAGCAAUCACUCCGCUGUGCUCCUCCAGGGGGCGCUGCACAGAAGCAGGUGCAACCUCAUGUGA